AUGGACAUUGCCCAGCAAUCACUAACCACGCCGCACCGGCAGAUCACCAUCCUAGAUGCUCCUGGACACAAGGAUUUCAUCCCUAACAUGAUAUCGGGCGCGUCGCAGGCCGAUUGUGCACUAUUAGUGGUGGACGCCUCCACCGGCGAGUUUGAAGCCGGGUUUGAACGGGGAGGCCAGACGAGAGAGCAUCUGCUGCUCGUCAGGAGUCUGGGUGUCUCCCAGGUCGUGGUGGCCGUCAACAAGCUGGACAUGGUACAAUGGGAGCAAAGUCGAUAUGACGAAAUCUUGGGCCAGAUGCAGCCCUUCCUCCUGCAAUCUGGCUUCCAGCAGUCCAAGACGAGCUUCGUUCCUGUCGGUGCGAUGUCCGGAGUUAACUUGGUGAACCGUGAUGCCCCCGAGGCAGCAGCACUCUCCCGCUGGUACUCCGGACCAACCUUGGUUGAUCUGCUGGACGUUCUCGAACCUCCCUCCAGGAACAUAACGGCUCCGCUGCGUUUCCCGAUCUCGAAUGUGUUCAAGGGGCAAAGUUCCGCGUACGGUGUACAGGGCCGAGUAUGCGGCGGCAUCGUCCAAGUGGGCGAACGUCUCCGUAUAUUGCCUGGGGACGAAAGUGCGCUGGUGAAAUACAUUGACCACGAAGAGGAAAAUGUCGAAUGGGCUGCAGACGGGUCCAAUGUCACUCUGUACCUGACGGGUGUGGACCCUGUACACCUCAACGUCGGGAGCGUUCUCUGCCCACCGUCUGAUCUUGUCCCGCUUGUGACGGUAUUCACAGCCAGAAUUCUCGUAUUCGACGUUUCACUCCCCAUCACAGCAGGCGCAUCGGUGGAGCUGUUCCACCAGGCGCAUGACGUGCCGGCAUCCAUCUCUAAGCUAUUAGCAACGCUUGACAGAGCGAACGGGACCAUCAUCCGAAAGAAUCCUCGGGUACUCACUAAGGGUGCAUCUGCGGAAGUCCAAAUCACUUUGCGCAGCUCAGUGUAUUCUGGACCCGCUGCGAGACCACGUCCCAUCCCACUAGAAACGUUUGCCUCAAAUAAAGAAAUGGGGCGGAUUUUGAUCAGACGAGAGGGCGAAACCAUAGCUGCAGGCAUCGUGCUUGAAAUCCUUUCCUGA